AUGGCAAUAAUCACGUACGAAAUCGACUCUGGCGGCGAUAUUGAGCUUGUGUUGGAAUAUCUAAACAAACAAAAGAUCGUGCCAAUCAUCACAUCCGGGGGGUGGGAUGACUACCAUGUACCCAGGUAUGACGGUAAUUGUGUCUUGCAAAACCCGACCCUUGUUGAACGAUAUGCCGUCUUCAACAUUCAACAAGACGCUGAGGAUAAGACUACCGAAGUUCGGAUGCGUGUGUCCUCGCGACACUUGAUUCUCGCCUCUUGUACGUUCCGCACUAUGCUGGAGGGACCAUGGUGUGAGAAUCUCUUACAGGCUUCUCACUCCCAGUCUGGUCCUGUUCAGAUCAAGACUACCGACUGGGACGCCGCCGCGCUGGCAAUUGUAAUGGAUGCUAUCCACGGGCGUUAUCAGGAUAUUCUAAAGGAUAUACACCCAGGACUGCUGGCCCGGAUCGCUACCGUAAUCGACUAUUACGCCUGUCACGAAAACCUUCAGCCCAUCAGCGACAUAUGGAUGACCGGGGUUCGCGGAACAUACCCAGUGCCUGAUGUCUAUUGCAAGAGCAGCCUCGUGUGGCUCUACAUCUCCUGGGUGUUUUCAAAGCUGGAUAUAAUGCUUCCUAUAUCCAGGAUGCUCCUUCGGAGAAUCUCGGGCCUCUCAUUCAUUAAUUCGGAGGAUCUCCCUAUCGGCCAUAUUCUCGAAAAAAUUGAUAUCAAGAGACAGCAGUGUAUCGGAAGAUUCAUGUCCGGUUUGAAUGCUCUCCGCAAGCAACUUUCAGACGAGGAAGGCUGCCCUGUGGCCAAGAAUCCCUACUGUUCCGCCACGAUGCUUGGGAUUUUGAUACGGGAACAACAAAAGCUCCGUCUUCUUGACCCGCCUCCCGCCGCUCCAUAUAGUGGCUACAACCUCGCAUUCUUCAUCUCGGCAAGUAAUGCUUUCCCUUCAUCAAGACCGGACAGAGGGAAGGACCGCCAAGGCCUUUACAAGUACAAAUCCUGUACAUGUAUUAUUACUUGGCGACUGACGUACGUUGGCCUGGAAAUUGGGAAAGACAUCAAUGGAUACGAUUUGACUGUUUUGCAGUAA